AUGGAGAUGCGCGAUGGAAGGGUUGGUGGUGGCCUGGUGUCCGGAAGGGCUGACGGCUUUGAAUGUAGGACUCCUAGGAGUAGCUUCACUCAAAGGGGUGCUGGCCGUGUGAGGCUUGGAGGGCCUGGAGACUUGGGUUCUGGUGGGACUGGCAGUAGCAGCGGCAUCAUGCUUCCCGAAACGCCAUGGAGUGACUUGUUACUCAUGGGGGAUGCGACGCCGUUGCGUGACGACCCUGAUCGUGUUGCUGGCAUCAGUGAAGCGUCGGACAAGGAACAGCAGCAGCAGUCGCUGCCGCAGGUGGAGAAGCAGCAGCCGCAGCAGCAGUCGCAGCCGCGGCAGGGGGAGCAGCGAGGUGCAGAUGAGAGGACGGGCAAGAUAGAAUCGAAAUCGAAUCCGGGGGAGGGUGGGGAAGGAGGGGGGCGAGAGAAGCGCAAGUGGCGUGCGUGGGAGAGGAGGGAGCGGUUGAGGAGGGGUGGUGGAGAAGGGAGGGGUAGCAGCAGCGGUGAGAGGGAGAGGCGGAGGAGUAGGGUGCGUGUUGAGAUGUUAGGGGCAACUAGAACUGACGGCAAUGGUAGUGGUGCUGGUGGUGGUGCUGGUGGUGCUGGUGCUGGUGCUGGUGGCGGUGGCGGUGCUACUGCUGCUGUUACUGCUGCUACUGCUGCUGCUGAUGGAGAUGAUGGUUAUGCUAGUGGCAGCAUCAAGGAGAAUAGGGAUGCCGGCAUGUGGUGGGAAGAGGGGGGAGAGGAAGAGGAGGAGGAGGAGGAGGAAGGAGGGGAGGAGGAUGAGGAAGAAGAGGAGGAAGAGGAUACGGAGCAGCAGGAGGAAUCAAAAGCAGCAGCCGUUGCUCCUGUUCCUCUCUCCACUCCCUCCCCUCGCUCUCCACCCUCUCCACCCUCUCCACCCUCUUCGCCUUCCCCGCCCUCCCAGCCCUCUCAGCAUUCCCGGCUCUCUCCAGUCUCAACCCUCCCUCCUCUCUCUCCGCUCUCUCUAUCUACCAACCACAGCCUGCUGCUAUCCGCGUGUAUGGACCUACUGAUACAGCAUCCCUCCUCCCUCCCAUCGCUCUCGCACUCCCCUCCGAACCCAACACUUAGCACCGGUACAGAGGCCUUACACAUGUCCCACUUGCUGAUUCACCCAAGCUCUUUUCCGGAUAUUGAGAUGCCUCACUCUCAGCUGCUGCACCCACCCUUGGCUAGCGAAGCUGGGGACGUCACUAGAGAGACGCUCCUUAGGCAUGAGAGUGACUUAGCUUCCCUGGUGAAUGAAAAGCCGGUGCCACUGGUGCUGCCAUCACUGCUACCACCAGUGCUGAUACCACUGGAGAGCAGUGGGGAUGGUGUGGUGCGUGCUGGUGUGGAGGCGAAUCAGAAGUCUCAUCUGCUUCCUCUAUACGGUGCUGGAGGUGGGAUGGUUCGAGCCGUGAAAGUGGGGGGUGUGGGCGGUAUGGAGGGUGAGGGGAAGAAUGGGGAGGAAGGGCAGUGGAGAGAAGGUGAGUUAGAGGCUUGUCAGAAAGAGGUGAAUCGGAAGGUGGGAGAAGGGGGAGCGAGGACGGAUAAGUGCGAUGUAAACGUGAGGGGGCAGGAGGGGGGUGAGGAGGGGGGGAGAAUGGACGAGGAUGGGGAGGAGGCAGAACGGGGAGAGAAGGGAAGGGACGAGUCAGGUGAGUGUGAAGAGGAGAGAAUGGAGUGGGAGGGGACAGCAGGGGUGCUGUUCGUGGAUGGGGGGGAAGGGAGUGUGGCUAAGGAGUUACUUGACGCUCUUCAUGCCUACGCCGCCUCUCUCUCCUCCCUCCGCUCCCGCCUCGCCACUGCUGCCAACAAUGGCACGGCCAAUUUCUACUCAUCUCUGCCCCUGGCGGUCGUGAGCAGAAGCUUUCAAGAAGCGACCAUGGGCAUUGAGCAGCAUAUGAGGAGGGAGCGGCCAGAGCACACAGCAGCAGGAGCUGCGAUGGCAGCACAGCGCAAGAAAAGAGCAGGUAGAGCAGGAGAGACGCAACAGAAGCAGGAGUGGGCGGCUCACGUGGGUGCUUCUACGUCCCUCUUUCCAUUGGAAGUCAAGAUGGAGGAAGUACAGGUGAAGGGAAGCCAAGGAGAGCAUGAGUGGCAUCAGCAGCAGCAGCAGCAGCAGCAGCAGCAGCAGCAGCAGCGGUGUUUGCCAGAUGAAACGACAGCCAUUCUGCGAGCCUGGCUCUUUGAGCAUUUCCUCAGCCCGUACCCAACAGACGAGGAUAAGGACGAGCUUGCUAAGGCAACACAACUUACUAGGGCACAGGUCUCAAAUUGGUUUAUCAAUGCACGUGUGAGGAUUUGGAAGCCAAUGGUGGAAGAAAUUUUUCGUGUCUCAACGCCGCUAUCAAUCAUGCCGAACCGUGGCCCUGGUGGGAUUUCACAAGACUGGGAUCCAGUCGUCAUCCACAAACGACCACAGAAAGCCGCCGACACCAAGGAUCCGAAACUUGUGAACGCGGCGAGGCGGCAAGGAGCGGCUAUAGAGUCUGUUAAGAAGUACGAUGCAGGAACGAAUAAGUCUGGUGCUGCGAAUCCUGCGAUGCACUCCCGGAAGCUCGCUGAGGAGACGGACGUCCUGGCGCACGAGAAGGUGUCGGUAGACGUUAAGACGGCGAUUCAAAAGGCCAGACUGGACGCCAAGCUCACGCAGGCCCAGUUGGCGCAGAAGAUUAACGAGAAACCUCAAGUUGUCCAAGAAGCUCUGUAUUACACCUCCCCACCGGGUUGUAUGGUGAGAGCAGGGGGGCGGUGGAGGGCAAGGGGAGAGGUCGGGGCAGGAGGCAAAUUCGCCCGGCCUCCCACUCGCCCCACCAUGCCUGCUGCUGUUUGGAUUGGCGCCAAUGCAGCUGCUGGUGCUGCUGCUGCAAUAACGGUUGGAGAGCUGGAGCUGUUUCCAUUGGCUGCUGCAGCUGCUGCUGCUGUUGGCACUGGUGCUGCUGCUGCUGCUGCUAUAUGGGAAGAUGUGAAAGCACCCGCCUUGCCUUCCAAACUGCGAGAAGCAACCGGGACACUGCUGAAUGAAAACCCCAGCGGAGACAUGGCUUGGGGAGAAUCAAGCUUCUCUCCGGGCGCUCUCAUCCCGCUCCCCGCAACCGCAGAAGGGGACAACGGGGAUGGCUUCGGUUGUCCUGAGUGCGCAUGCAGACCAGAGUGCUUAGGCCAGCGCGCGUGGCGGCGCCGGCAGGACAUGGGGGACGUGGCUGGGAGGGAGCGAGGCGAGGAGGCAGGGCAGGAGAAGGAGGAUGGGGUGGUGGGGGAAGGGAGGUACCCGUCGGGAUGGGACGAGCGGGGAGUGAUUGAGGAGGUGGCGGCAGGGGAGGAGAGAGAGGAUUUCUCCCCCGCUGCUGCAAGUGCCUCUGUUCCUGUCCCUGUCCCUGCUCCUGCUCCUGCUCCUCCUGUUCCUCCUCCCCUCCGGCCUUCUCCAGAGGCUGGGGACUGA